AUGUUAGAAUUUCAGGUACAGGCUCUAAGCGCGCCAGGGGAGCCCAUUUGGGCGCUACGCUACAUAUUGUCUGAGAUUGCAAUUUACAUUCGGUACCUCGGCAUCUCACCUAUACAAGGUGUCCGAGCAAAGUACCUGCUAACCACAACAAUCCCUUUGUCCUCUGGGUAUCGUGUCGUGUCGUGUCGUGCCGCUGAGCGACAGGCCCACUACCACCUUUGCCUUAGCCUGGCCCACUCACCAGGCACAAACAACUCCAACUUCCAGCUUCCCCAAUCGCUGGAAGAGCCCAGAAGCAGGGCUGUGGUCAAAGUACCGCUCGCCUGGGCUGGCCUGGAUCCUGCCCCCCUGUUGUCUUCUGGUCUCUUCACAACCAUCGAAUACGACGUGCCAUAG